UGCCCCAGCUUCUCCAAGCGCCGCCACUUCCCUGGUCCCCCAAAAUGCCCCUGGUCCGCUUCAACCGCAGGGAGAUGUCGGAGAAGUUGUGGAAGUGGCGUUACAAGCUACAGCACCUUGGCAGCGGCAGCGAGAAGACGCUAUCUGACUUCUCCUCGGCUGAACCGGGCGACAGCAGCGGCAAGAGGAAGCCAACGUCGGCAACGCCAGGCACGGGCGGCAGCAACAACAAGAACGGUGAGCUUGGGGCGAGCGUAUCGGUCAAGACGCUCUACGAGGGCCCCAACAGCCGGGGUGACGUGUAUAACUGGGUCGACUACCCGCCCAAACAGCUGACCAAGAGCGCGGCAAGGGCGCAGGACCGCGUGGCCAUCAAGGUCUUCAAGAUCAAAGACCUAGAGAAACCCAUCAUCUCGGGCCGCUUCAGCCUGCGGUACCACAUGCUCGAGGUCCAAAACCCGCUGCUUGUGGCCGCCCUAGGAGAGAUUCUCGAGAAGCAGGACAUUCACCUCGACACCAGCGAGAACGCGAGCUUCAAGUACCCCUUUCCGGAGCUCUACUUUGGCUACGACGACAUCGUAGCAAAGCACCGCUCUCUGGGCGAGGAGGAGCCUACCCAUCCGCUUCUUCCCUUUUUACUCCUGCUAAUCCACCUACUCGACGACAUCUUCGCCGACACGCGCGCGAAGCUGAAGGCUCUCCGAGCUGCCGGCCUUGUGUCCUUCAAGCUGGCCUGGACCCUGUUCCCCAGGAACACGACCGUCGUCUCGUGGGGCAACAACUGCGAGCUGCUCUGCAAGGUCACCAGCGCCACCUACGAGAGCUUUAACGGGAGCCAGGUCUUGAUCAUCCUGGGUAGGGUACUGCGGUUCGACGGCCGGGUGUUCCUCUGGGAAGACUUCACCAUCCGCAUUGACGACUUCGGCGGCAACCGGCCGAUAACGGAGCUACCCGCAUACCCGCUCGAGCUGCACGAGGCCGCCGGGGAUGUCCGGACGAGGCUGACGGCCCGGGGCAGGAAGGUGCUCGACUACCAGGGGCUGACGUAUGCCCAUUACAGCGGCAUUGCAAUCCACUCCAGCAGCAAGGCCACGGAAAGACAUAACGUCGAGGGCAGAGUGCUGAUCGAUGUUGUCGGCUACAACAAGCAUCACCUGGCCCAGGGGGCCCGGGAGGGCAGCGACCCGCAGAGCAAGAAGAGGCAGCUGGUGGUUGGGGACGAUGACGACAGCGGCGGCGGCCGAGGCAUCACGGGCUCCUCCGGGACCAGCGCCGGCGCCGGCGCCUUGCGGCUGAGUGUGGCAGCCCAGGAGCGCAACAAGCUGGCGAUGCUGGCCCUCGAGGCCGAGGAGCCGCUCCUCAUGUACAUGCUCCCCCUGGUCCAAGGCUACGCGCUCAAGAAUAAGCUCUGGGUUUCGUUUUACGUCGAAGACAUCGGGCCCGUGGUAUGGAACGACGAGGCCUACGAUCACCUAGUGUACAAUGAGCAGCAGAAGGAUCUCGUCAUGUCGUUUGUCGAGAGCCACUGUGGCGGCGGUGGCGGGGGCCCGGCGCAGAAGAGAACCGAUGCCAUGCAGGACGUCAUUGCCGGAAAGGGGCAGGGCUUGGUCAUACUGCUCAGCGGGCCACCGGGGACGGGCAAGACGCUGAUGGCCGAGGCCGUGGCCGACCGCACCCGCCGUCCGCUCUUCUACCUGCAGGCCGAAGACUUGGGCAUCAACGCCGCCGCGCUGGGCGCCAAUAUCAAGAAGGUGUUCCAGAUGGCAACCGAGUGGGACGCCGUGAUCCUGCUGGACGAGGCCGACGUCUUCAUGGCAGAGCGACACCCGCAGGACAUUGCGCGCAACGAGCUCGUGUCCAUCUUCCUGCGCGAGCUCGAGUACUUCCGCGGCAUCAUCUUCCUAACCACCAACCUGUACAGCACCAUCGACUCGGCCUUCCGUAGCCGCGUCAGUCUUCACCUGCUCUUCCACUCCCUGACGCCCGAGGCACGCAUGCUUAUCUGGCGGAAGUUCUUGGACCGGCUACCGCCGCCGCUUGCGAAAGCUGGGCCGCCGUUGCCUGGGCGGCCAGAUCCCGCCCAGGGAGAUCCCGCUGAGCAGCAGGUGGUGGCCGCAACGGACCAGGAGCGCGACGGAGUCUUGACCGAUGCCGAUAUCAAGGAGCUCGCAGCAUGGCAGCUGAACGGGAGGGAGAUCAAGACGGCCGUCAAGAUGACCAAGACCUGGUGCGACCACAAGGGCUAUGCGCUGUCGUUGUCGAGGCUGGAGAACGGCAUCAAGGUGACGAGUCCGCAUGCAACGAAGAGCAGCAAAGAGUACGACACAUCGCUGUAUGACGAAUAGGCCCGCUAGGUUGCUGAGGGAGUUGAUUAUUCGUGUACAAAGGUCCCGCUAGAACUGACGUCUAUUUCAUACACCCUGUCUGCCCACUCCGUCGUGAUCAGGUCUAGUCUGCUGAAGAGGGAGUUAACUGCUAGGGUGUUAUAGUCCGGCUAUGCCUGCUCGUCCUGCAUGUAUCCUCGCCUACUUAGCGAUAUGCUAUAAAGACUUAGCAGUUGCUUCAUAGAAACUAAUAGUUAAGGACUAAUAUACAUUAUUUAUAAUGCUUAGGAGUAAGAAAGGCGCUUAGACAAUAGUAAGAUAGCUAAUAUACAUA